AUGGCGCUUGCAGCAGCGGCCCCGGGUUCUCACCUCCUAGGUCGUGACGAUGAGAUCCCUGUCGUUUGUUCCCAGUCGCUCUCGAACGGCGUUCAGACAGUCGAUGGCCAGAAUGGACAACCUUGGACCGUUGACGUUGAGCCUUGCCCCUCUGGGCAUCGCUGUGCCAGUCCAAUUUUUAAUCCCAACACAAAUGACUUCUAUUUUAAUCUCGGGGUAGGAUUCGCAGUCCGACUAUUUGUAGUACCAGCUAAUCCUAUACGUGUUUCUAGGACUGCGCUUAAACAGAUCGAUGGAUCCGCUACCGAAUCAUACAAGACGUGA